AAUUAGAAAGGCAGUGCCAUUCCACACUUCAAUGACUCAGACUUCUUCUUGUAAGAUUUCCCGGGUUGAGAGUGAUCUAAGAUGGCAGAGCAGAAGGAGAAUCUCAUCCGUUGGUUGCUCCAGCUCAUCGAGUCCGUCGGAACCAUGGGCGAGUUCCGGCGAACCCAGAGGAAGGAGUGCUCACAUCUCAUCCGUCGGAUGAGACUGUUCGUCCCCUUGCUUGAAGAGAUUACCGAUCUCGAGGCAACCAUUCCUGAAUCAGCUCGCAAUGCAUUGCUGGACUUGAAGAAGGCCUUCUCAUGCGCCAGGGCUUUGCUGAAAUCUUGUUGCCAUAGUAGCAAGAUCUAUCUGGCUGUGGAGGGUGAGGCAGUGAUGGGGAGGUUUCAUGCGGUGUAUGACAAGUUAUACCAUGUGCUUGAUGGAAUGGCAUUUGAUCAGCUUGGCGUUUCUGAUGAAGUGAAAGAACAGGUUGAACUAACUUGCAUGCAACUCAAAAGAGCCAAGAGGAGGGUAGACACUCAGGACAUGGAACUAGCAAUGGACUUGAUGGUGGUCCUUUCAAAAUCUGAGAACAGAAAUGCAGAUAAAGUCAUUAUAGAAAGACUGGCAAAGAAAUUAGAUUUGCAGACCCUCCCUGAUUUGAGAGAAGAAACAGCAGCUGUACAAAAACUAGUUAAAGAAAGACGAUCCCGUAAUCGCGAGAUCACGCAUCAAAUAGUCGACCUCUUAAACAAGUUCAUACAAAUGUCAGGAUUUGAAGACAUAAAUGAGCUUGAUGCUGUUCAGCCUAAAACAAAAUCCCUUCAAAGAUGCCCAUCUUUGCAGAUUCCUAAUGAGUUCCUCUGCCCAAUAUCUUUGGAGAUAAUGACUGAUCCUGUCAUUGUGGCAACAGGACAGACAUAUGAUAGAUCGAGCAUACAAAAGUGGCUGGACAGUGGACAUUGCACUUGCCCAAAGACAAGGCAGGCCUUGACUCAUCAAUCACUAGCUCCAAACCAUGCCCUUGCCAAUCUCAUCUCACAAUGGUGCAAGAAGAACAAUGUUGAGUUGCAAGCCAAGGACUUGUGCUCACCUUCUAAACUUGUAAUGCAUGCAGAAGAUGAAAUUCCGUCUUUGGUCAAAGACUUGUCAUCGAAUUUUCUCCAUAUCCAACGAACAGCAGUACGGAAAAUCCGCUUGUAUUCUAAAGAAAACCCUGACAACAGGAUCUUGAUUGCGAGGAAUGGAGGGAUUCCACGCCUUGUUGGUCUACUGUAUUCUCCAGACUCUGUAAUGCAAGAGAAUGCGGUAACUGCUCUAUUGAACUUAUCCAUCAAUGAGGCCAAUAAAAAAACUAUCUCCGAAGAGGGAGCUAUUCCAGCAGUGAUCGAGUUGCUGAAUAAUGGUACUAUAGAGGCUAAAGAAAAUGCGGCAGCGACAUUAUUUAGCUUGUCAAUGCUUGACGAUAACAAGUUUGUCAUCGGUGACAUGAAUGGCAUUCCUCCAUUAAUUUGUCUUCUGCAAAAUGGGUCACUCAGAGGUAAGAAAGAUGCUGCCACUGCUCUAUUUAAUCUCUGCUUGAAUCAGAAAAACAAGUAUAGAGCCAUAAGUGCAGGAAUAGUUGCACCAUUGCUUAAGUUGUUGGAGGAUGGAAACCUUGGGAUGAUUGAUGAAGCUCUUUCAAUACUAUUACUGUUAGCAUCACUCCCUGAGGGGAGAAGUGCCAUUGGGAAGCCAUCAUUUGUUGAGAUAUUGGUGAAGUUGAUUAGAGAUGGGACACAGAAGAAUAAGGAAUGUGCCGUGUCUCUUCUUCUUGAGCUUGGAUUGCAUGAUUUAGCACUUGUGCUGGCUGCAUUUGGAUUUGGAGUUCAUGAGCCCUUAUGUGAGAUUGUUAGAAGUGGUACCAAUAGAGCUAAGAGGAAAGCAAUCUCUCUCUUGGAGUACAUGAGCAGGUGUGAACAAGUUCGUUGAGAAUUGUGGGAGCUUUGAGGGUGAUACAAGUUAGCAAUAAACAUACAUAUGUUAAAUCUUCUAUACUUUGUUUGGUUAAAGAUCAUUGUGAACGUAAUUAAGGAGUGAGCUUAUGACAGCCAUGCAUUUCCCCUUUGUAUUCAUCAUUCCUAGCUAUUUAAUUUCACUAUUUGUAAAAUUUGCCUAACAGAUAAUGAUGCAUCAAUAAAAUACAGAGGAAAAAAAAUUUGCAACAGCCAUCA